UCUAAAAUUUUUUAGUAAAUCUCCGUGUAGGAAAUUAGAAAGAUCAUCUCAAGCUAUCUUUAAAAUGCCAUCGGUGAAUCAGACUCUAUCCUGAAUUCCGGUCCUUCCGCAGGCCAUCCGAGCAUGAAAUGCUGUUCCCUACCCGCAACCUGCCGUAACACCUGUCCGAGCGCUAGUCGCCCGCUGCAUGCCUAGCCCACCAAAGCGUUCUGUCUGGACCGUGUCACUGGAGAAGACAGAGCGACAUGUCCAGGGCGCAGAUCUCAGCUCUGGUGUUUGGCGUCGGAGGGUUUGGAGCUCUCGUCGCGGCCACCGCGUCCAAUGAGUGGAAAGUGACCACCCGAGCAUCAUCGGUGAUAACCGCCACUUGGGUUUACCAGGGUCUGUGGAUGAACUGCGCAGGUAACGCGUUGGGUUCUUUCCAUUGCCGACCACACUUUACUAUCUUCAAAGUAGAAGGUUAUAUCCAGGCAUGUAGAGGACUUAUGAUUGCCGCUGUCAGUCUGGGCUUUUUUGGUUCCAUAUUUGCCCUGUUUGGAAUGAAGUGUACCAAAGUCGGAGGCUCAGAUAAAGCCAAAGCUAAAAUUGCUUGUUUGGCUGGAAUUGUAUUCAUACUGUCAGGGUUGUGCUCAAUGACCGGUUGUUCCCUCUACGCAAACAAAAUCACAACGGAAUUCUUUGAUCCUCUCUAUGUUGAGCAGAAGUAUGAAUUAGGAGCUGCUCUGUUUAUUGGAUGGGCGGGAGCCUCACUCUGCAUAAUUGGUGGUGUCAUAUUUUGCUUUUCAAUAUCUGACAACAACAAAACACCCAGAAUGGGAUACGCAUACAACGGGGCCACAUCUGUCAUGUCUUCUCGGACGAAAUAUCCUGGCGCAGGAGGAGAUCUUAAAACCACAAACCCUUCAAAACAGUUUGAUAAAAACGCUUAUGUCUGAAAGGAAAACCGCCGCGAGCUGUCUUUACUAUAAAAGUGAACUGUUCACAGAUGAUCCCCGCAAGGCCCUCCUGUAAUUCACACUCAAACUAUUUUUAAAACAUGAAUUUGGAGAAUUUGCUGAUUGUAUGGAUGUAAAUGUUCUUACACAGUUAUAUACUAAUCAUUUUCUGUUGUGGCUUUCUAUAAGAAAAUAAACAGGUUAUUUACAGGA